AUGGCUACAGUCGCAGUUCAGCAACCGCACGACGUUCCUACGACGCUCAAUUACUAUGCGCCUGUAGGCGACGAGUCGCCAUAUAUUUACGUCGAGGACCCGCCAGAAGGCAAGCCCAAGACGAACAUCGGCGCGGACCCGCACUCGGUUGUUGUCCACGACGUGCGUGGCAAGGAGGAUACUGUUGGUCUUGACAAGACGGGCUUUCAGUAUGUGAAGCACAAGAGCGUCGAGACGGAGUUCCUUGACGAAGAGAGGAUUAAGACGGUUUAUUAUAAGGAGGUCGAGGAGCUUUUGAAGAAGACCCUUGGCGUGAAGAGGGUUUUCAUUUUUGAUCAUACUAUUAGACGCAACUACGGAGAUUCGACCGUGGGCUCCGAUCCAAAGGUUCGCGGCCCAGUCGACCGCGUUCACAUCGACCAGACCUUCGACGCUUCCGUCGCACGCGUACACAGACACCUCGGAGCCGACGCCGAACGUCUCCUCAAAGGCCGAGUCCGCAUCAUCAACGUCUGGCGCCCAAUCAACGCACCAGUCGCACAUAACCCACUCGCAGUAGCCGACUAUCGCACGCUCAACACCACGAAGGACCUCAUCCCCGUUCGCUUUAUCUACCCAGACCGCGUCGGAGGCACGUUCUCCGUGAAGUACGCACCGGAGUUGACGUGGUAUUAUUUGAGUGGACAGACGCCGGAGGAGGUUACGUUGAUUAAGUGCUUUGAUUCGGAUGUGGAUAAGGCGAGGUUGACUCCGCAUAGUGCGUUUACGGACCCGACGGACCCGCCGAGUGCGCCGAAGAGGCAGUCGAUUGAGGUUAGGACGUUGGUGUUUGAUGAGGAGUGA